UGUGUGUAUGAGGGGCGGGGGGGGCUGACGGCGCUCCGCGGAGCUGCGCGAGUGGGCGCGGAGCUUGGGCAGGCGGGCGGGAGGAGACCGGGGAGGGGGGGGCGCCGACGGUAGCGGCGGCCGAGGCCGAGCAGCGGCGGCGGCCAGCAAGGAGCGGAGGCGAAAUGAGCGCUGGGCUCCCCCUGGGCAUAGAGCCGCCCUCGACAGCCGCCGCCUGUGAAUGAACUGAGGCGAGGCCGCCAGCCGGGUGUCCCCCUCCUCCUUCUCCCCCUCCUUCCCCCUUCUCCCCCCGGCCCGCUCGCCGCCGGCCCCACCGCGGACGUCCCCGCCUGCCCCCGGCCUCCCUGCCCCCACGCACCUUCGGGAGCGCGGCCCUGCCCGCCACAACCGGCGCCGUCCGCCGCGGCCGGGGGGAACUGAAGGAAAGCCAUCAUGGGAGCAUUUUUAGACAAGCCAAAGAUGGAGAAACAUAAUGCCCAGGGGCAAGGGAAUGGGCUUCGUUAUGGUCUCAGUAGCAUGCAAGGUUGGCGAGUUGAAAUGGAGGAUGCACAUACGGCUGUGAUUGGUUUGCCAAAUGGACUUGAUGGAUGGUCAUUUUUUGCUGUAUAUGAUGGGCACGCUGGAUCACAGGUUGCCAAGUACUGCUGUGAGCAUUUAUUAGAUCACAUCACGAGCAACCAGGAUUUUAAAGGGCCAGAUGGACCACCAUCUGUGGAAAGUGUAAAGAGUGGCAUCAGAACAGGUUUUCUGCAAAUUGAUGAACACAUGAGAGUCAUCUCUGAGAAGAAACAUGGUGCAGACAGAAGUGGGUCAACAGCUGUGGGUGUCAUGAUUUCUCCCCAACAUACAUACUUCAUCAACUGUGGAGACUCGAGAGGUUUACUUUGUAGAAACAGGAAGGUUCAUUUCUUCACACAGGAUCACAAGCCAAGUAAUCCACUGGAGAAAGAGCGUAUACAAAAUGCAGGUGGCUCUGUAAUGAUUCAGCGUGUGAAUGGCUCUCUUGCUGUUUCAAGAGCACUUGGGGACUUCGAUUACAAAUGUGUCCAUGGGAAGGGUCCUACAGAACAGCUAGUCUCACCUGAGCCUGAAGUUUAUGAAAUUGAGAGAUCAGAAGAAGAUGAUCAGUUCAUCAUACUGGCUUGCGAUGGUAUCUGGGAUGUUAUGGGCAAUGAAGAGCUGUGUGACUUUGUAAGAUCCAGACUUGAAGUCACUGAUGACCUUGAGAAAGUUUGCAAUGAGAUAGUUGACACCUGCUUGUACAAGGGAAGUCGAGACAACAUGAGUGUGAUAUUGAUCUGUUUUCCGAAUGCACCAAAGGUAUCGCCAGAGGCGGUGAAAAGAGAGGCAGAGUUGGACAAGUACCUGGAAAGCAGAGUAGAAGAGAUCAUAAAGAAGCAGGGUGAAGGAGUCCCAGACUUAGUCCACGUGAUGCGUACGUUAGCAACUGAGAGCAUCCCAAACCUCCCGCCGGGAGGUGAAUUGGCAAGCAAACGGAGUGUGAUUGAAGCAGUUUAUAACAGACUGAACCCCUACAGGAAUGAUGACACUGAUUCUGCCUCAACUGAUGAUAUGUGGUAAAACUGCUCAUCUAGCUGUGGAGUUCACGUUUCACCCUUCAAAGGAAAGCGCAGCCCAACCUCAGUGACCCUUCUUAACAUCCAUCCUCAACCUUAAUUAAAGAAGGGAAUAUGAUGUUGGUGAGAGUGACUGCAGCAGUACGACGUCUAGCCCAGGAACUGAUCUUUUUUUGUCAAAACAGACUUCUGUAAACGUGAUUUCAAACCAUAAUUCAUGUUGUAAAUCAGACUCCAGCAAUUUAUGUUGUAUGAUUUUUUUUUUGUUUUGUUUUUGUAAAGUGCAAUUGUCUUUGUACAAAAUGCUCAUAUUUAAUUAUGAACUGCUUUAAAUCACUAUAAAGGUUAGAAGAAAUGUUUGGCUUGUGUGAUGCAACAAUAUAUAGCCCUUUAAAUUCAUGUUGUGGUUUUUGGAUUGCAAGGAGCAGCAGCCUAGCCAGCUAGGUGCUCAAGAGGUGCACAAAAUUGUGAAAGAUCAUUUUUGGGUUUAUAUGAAAGAUGAACUUGUGGGCAAUCUAUCAGAAAUUCCAGUGUGUGAAUUUGCUUGGCAAUGGAAAAACAACUUGAGCAGUGCACGGUGCUUCAACGUGUAUUGUUCCCUUGGAUGCACUCCUGUUCUCACAUCAAGUUAGAGUGAGUUCUGAUUUGUACUUCAGUGGGAGUCAUGCCCCAUUAAUAGUACCAUGUUUGUACAUGUACCAACCUUGGGAUUAGAAUGCCUUGAUUCUUUGCACCUCUUGGUUGUUUUUUUUGUUCAUUAACCCUUACCUGAAACUACUAAUCACUGAGCAUGAACAGGCAGCUUUCUACAUACAGUAGGAGUCUGCAGCAUUUUUACAAUCCUGAUUGGCUGGGUCUGCUGCUGUUCCAAGUAAAAUACUUUGAAUUCCAUUUUAUCAAUAAAGCUUGAUUUAACAAACAAGAAAUUUAUCCAUAAAUGUGUAAUUCCUUUUUGUCCUGCCUUUUGAAAAUGUCAGUGCCAUUGUAAAGGAUAUUUUACUUGUGGAAGACUAUUUUUAUUAAUUGGUAGCCCAUUUUUCAAAUGGGAAAGACUUUUGAUUAUUGCCCAAGACAUAGCCAUAUGCUAGAGGGUGAUGUGGGAUUAAUCUGUUACCCUAUUUUUUACAAGUGUGGGUUUUUUCAGGCUUUUUUUUUUUUUUGGGUAGUUUUGGGUUUGGUUUUUGUCCCCACUGAAGAUGUGCAUUGAUUUUUGAAUUUGCCUACUGUUUGAUAAACAAAAUACAUUUGUCAAAGCCUGACAAUCUUUAACAUUUUAUGGUGUGUGUUUUUAAUUGACCCGCUUUACUUAGGAUGAGAGACUAGUGGUUAAACCAGUACUUGUGAUUUGAGAUAUAGCAUGUUGACAAUAUUUAACUGUUUGUUGUUUAAAAUUCUAAUUUAAAAGUUUUAUAAGGUAAUAAACUAAUUUUGAUUUUUUGGAAGCUUAGCUUUCUCCCAUUGAGCAUAAUGGAAAAUUGAGUUUUUGAGUCAGUCGUGUUUGCAAAACUGCUGUUUUGUGCACCUUGUAUUGUCCUUUUGGUUGAGAAUAUUGUAUUUAAUAUGUAGCUUACUCAUUUAGUAGGCAGAUUUCCCCCCCCCCCCCCAAAAAAAAGGAAAAAAAAAUCAGUAAAACACGUAGAUUGUAACAUUUUACUGCAGUUAAACAGAAUCAAAACAUGGUGUAUAAUUCCUUUUUGAUAGGAAAAUGUAGUACAAUGCAUUUUGCUAUAUUUGUCUUUUCCCUAACUUUGAAAUAUACAUAUUUGUAUAUAUAGCCUUAAAACUAAUGCAGAGUUAGGGAACACUGAACAGUGAAAAAGUUAACUUAUAGUGUCUUGGAACUUAAGUAUAGUAUAUACCAGCAAAAACUUUUCUUUUAUCCCUCUUGUCUAUGUGGGGUGCUUAAACGUAACUUCAUUGUAUUCAAUUUGUAAUCUGUUCAAGCAUGAAUGAAGAAAACCUGAGCACUAUUUGUAUUUAUAAAUUUAUAGCAAUUUUUGCUUAAAGAACCAGUUCCUUACCUAUGAAUAAAUGCUUAAAAGAUGUCUAAUUUUGUUUUGUAGAGUGCAAAACUAUAAUAAUGUUAAGUUAUAGCUUCACAGGCACCUAAUUAACAAGCGUAUUUAAUAAUACAUGGCGUAUUAGUGCAAAAACAAAAAGCUAAACUUAAUUUAGGACUAGGCAGAAAAAGUUCUGCCCUUUUUUUUUUUUUGGUCAUAGAGACUCAAGUUUUAGUUUUGGAAACUGCAAAACCUUGAACUGGACUCUGGAACCUUUCAGUUUUAAACAUUAAAACAAUCGGAAGCAAAACUGUGGUGUGAAAAGCCAUACUUCAAACCCGUAAUUGCUUAAAGACUGUCUCAGUUGAGAAGUUCUCUCUCUUUGAAGCCUCUUCUGAAGAGGUCUUCUAAAGGUUAGAAAGAAAAUAAUUCUCCUAUUGCUACAGGCCAUGUAACCAGGUUGGCGGGCAGUGGCAGAAAGCCCCUUUCAGGCCUUUCUCUCUCCCACCUACAUUCAGCGUUUUGAUGAGGUCAGAGCGCUGAAUCUAUUCGUAUGCAUAAACACUGCCGUUUUAGAUACAGACUUUGCUUACAGAAUACACAGAAGUAAGUAGGUAAAGCAUCCUAGAAAAGAGGAGAGCUAUACUUUUCACUGCUCUGAAAAGAAAAAAGGCACUUUUGCACCUUUGUGCAUCUCCAUCUUGCACCAGAAACGUUUUUUUUGUUUUAAAUGCUAAAAACAUUAGCACCUCAGGGGCAAGGCAGCAAUUUCUUUUGGUUUGUUUUUAAGUGUUGUGUGCUAUUUAUUUCCCUCUUGGAGAAAACAAACAAAACAAAAAAAGAUUCCUGUGUGACAGAAAUGAAAAUUGUGUGAUGUUUAAAAAGAUGUAUUUUUUAAAUACCUACUCAGAUAGGAUGGUCCCAGUUUGCUUGGUUUUAAAAGGCAAUGCCAUUUGUUAAAGCUACUUUGCUUCAUAUGCUGUGCAACUUUUUGUUUUCUACCUUUUGACAGCUUCAGUUUCUGUGAGUUGUGUUACAGUCAGAUUAAAUGUUUCACUGAUUGUUCUGGGAGAAUACCUGUACUGCUUUAUAGACAACUGUUACAACUAAUUCUCACUAAUUCAGCAUUGAAAUAUGUUCAAGACAGAGGCUUCUAAAAUGUCUUUUAAUACCAGUGUUGGAUUAACCAAAUGCAAUUGCAUUAAGUCCUGGAUUUGCAAGGCUUUGUAAAGCUGUCAUGUUGAUAGAGUCCCUAGCACACAUGGUGGGACUGAAGUCUCCAGGUCCCAUGCAAGCUAUGAAGCCAGGGCCUUUCAGCUGGCUUGCUGUUACCUAGCCAGGAGACAGCACUGCAAAGACCUUGAUGCGUAGCCAUCAUUUAUUUAAAUCUUCCAGUGGAAGUGGGAAUCAGAGAGAAAUUUCAUCUGUUUGUCAUUAAAUGCCACUGGAUUGCUGCAAUCCUAGGUUGUGUCACAGCAGCAAGGUGCCUGAUGAAUAUUAAGCAGCAGAUGAGUAACGGUAGCGCUUCCCCUGAUGGUUCACGCCAGUGCCAAAGCUAAUUGUUUUCAUGUGUACUUAUGACAAAUUGACUUCAGCACCUAUUAAAUUGUUUGUUGCAAA